UUGGCCAGUGGAGGAUGAAGACGACCAGUCGUUUCAAAAGACCGGUGGUGGAAAGACUACUGCGACACGAGCUUGCUCUUUUUUGAGCUUGUGGGCUUCUGUAGGAGAUCAAGUUCUGUUGAAUCUGUCAACUGCAAAGUUAUCAAUUCCCGACAAAUUGAGCAUACUUCUAAUGGUUGGAGUGAGUGGUUCGACCCGAAAGAAAUGGACUACAGCAGAUUAUGAGCACAUCCACGAAUCGACUGGCUUAGUAGUGAGUUAGAUCAAGAUGUGAACAAUUAUGAGAUGGCGUUCAUGUGCAUGUACCUGUUACUGAUAUCAUCUUUAUGUCUGACGACAUCCGACGACACAGCUGAUGACGUCUUCGAAGUCAACACGACAACACACUCGUCCAAUCUCAGCGGCGUGAUUGGUCCAGACCAAGAUGACGUCAUCGAGGUCGCCGUGUUCGCCACCAGCAUGGUAAUAGCCGGGCUGGGCCUGCUUGGCAACGGUCUGGUCAUCGGAAUCUUCUUCCUCAACUGGAGCCUAACUCGCACCCUGACCAGCCUGUACAUCUUCCACCAGUCUGUCAUCGAUUUCAUCAGCUCGGUGAUGUUUGCCGCCCUGCAGCUGGACCGGGGGAAACCCCUCCUCGCUGUAGGAGGCUGGGUGGGCGCGGUCUCCUGCAAGGUGUGGUACUCCAAGGCCCUCUUCUGGUCCCUCUUGCACACCUCCACCAUCAACUUGGUUCUGGUGACCCUGGAGCGCUACAUCUCGGUCCUGCACCCGAUCUGCCGCCGUAGCCACUUCACCCGACGCAAAGCCAAGUUGACCAUGCUCCUGGCCUGGUUGGUCGGUCUCUGCUACCAGUCCUAUUGGCUGGUGGUCUCGCAUACCGACCACGGCCGUUGCUACCAGGAGUUCCCCAGCGAUGCCAUCCAAAACCUCUUCGGUGGGUUGACGAUCCUCGUGGAGUACCUGGCUCCCUUAGCCAUCAUGUCCUUUGCUUAUGUCCGCAUCAUCUCUCGGCUGAAGAAGCUCUCCAAGUAUGGAGACCGGUCGGCCAGAUCGUCGCUGUCUCCACGGAAACGAGCUCCCUCAUCCAACAGUGUAGCAGUCGGGCGAGAACGUCGCCGCUCCGGCCCCACCCAACUCAUGCUCAUCAAGGCCCGUCGCAAUGUCACCAAGACCCUGUGCCUGGUCUUCGCCACCUACGUCAUCUGCUGGACGCCCGUGGAGAUCGAGUACAUCAUCUACAGCGCCGGGUUCCUGCACAGCCGGAGCAUCCCGGAGCUGCGCGCUACCAAGGUCCUGGUCAUGUGCAACAUGUGUAUCAACCCGUUCAUCUACGCGGCCAAGUACCGGGAGUUUCAAGAGGCGGUCCACCGCACGUGGAACCGACUGCGCUGCCGUGAGUUCUCCACCGCCCCAUUCCCACCGUCCCCGUAGGUGUGAAGUGACUGAUCGGAACGUCGUGCUAAAAACCAAUACUUGUCUAGACAAAACCUAUUUAUAAAGCUUGUCCCAGGCGUACACCAUUCUAUUAAAUUGAUCUUGAAUGACCGAAAAAGUUCGUAAACCAGUAGAGUAACUUGACGGAAAUCGCGUAUAACCAUGCAGUCUUAUUAAGGCCAAAAAAAAAA